AUGGGAAUUUCCUUCGAAUUUCCGACGCCUCUCGACGUGGGUCACACCAUAGCUGUUAUUGGAGAAGUUGGGAAAACCAGGUUUGUUUUGAAAUUGGUAUCAGACUUCAAAGUUUUUGAUCCCGAUCUCCCACUACCUCCUUCGGCUUCCUCAUCAAUGUCAGAGUCUCCGGUGCAGGUACCUGUGAGCGAGACGACGCCCCUGGAGGUAAUAUUAGACACUAACGGCGAAUGGGAGGUUUGUGGUUCAACUCCAGAGACGAGCUCCAACGCCUCAGGCUUCAAUGCAGCCAGAAAUGGUUUUCGCACUGGGGAGCUCUUCACCUGUAAAAUUUGCGUCAAGAAGGACUAUUUUGAGGUCUACUUAAAUGGUCAGUGUCUCUCACUUUCGGAGCACAUGAUACCAGUUGGCUGGGUCCAGAGUGUAGUGAUAGAAGGCGACUGUCGGAUUGGGCGAAUGCUCUAUGGCGAUGCAGCUGCAGUGGAGAAGUCUACUCGUCGCUCUCUCAACUCCAUAUCUCCAGCAUCAGAAACCAGCAGAAUCCCCACUCCGCCUAACAUCGAAGAGGCUACUGUCAUCGAGUGUCUUGUGCGGACGCCCGAUAUCGAGGCUGAUCUUGAUUUGACUAAGCCUCUCCUCUCUCCCUCUGAAUCGUCCCCUGAACGCAAUAGUAACCAUACUGAUAUUGAGUGGGACCAGCAGCCUUCUGCAGCAUCUGAUUUCAUGCAUACUCCCAUCUCUUCCUCUCUCACAAAUCUUCACCGUGCUGCCUCUUAUCAACUCGUUUUCGAUGUUUCUGACAAUGAAGAUGAGGAUACCAUUGAAGAACCUACUCUGAAUCGUGCUUCCAGUUGUUUUAGCCUCACCACUCCGAAUCCCGAUAUUAUUCACCGACCAUCGUUCCUUAUCUCACCGAAACCUGUCCCACAGAGACACAGGUAUCUUCAUCAACUGCUUCCUCUUCGAAAUGAGUUUGGUAGGUUGAAGCCACCGCGGUUACUGUCAGUAUCCAACUCGGUGGAGACCAGUAGGCCACCAGCCAAGCCCCUGAUCGCUCGAACCGGCUUUGCUAUCAAGGUGAGCCACCCUGCCAUUCAAGUGGACGCUAAGUCUACGCUCCCUCACCCACUUUCAAUGUCUACGUCAUCCUCCUCCAUCAGUCGACCCACGCGUGAUUUUCUUACUGUCAAUGAUCAGCGACCGUCCAGGCUCCCCUCGGGUAUUCCCGUUCACGUGAAAAAAGUCUCAAGCAGUAGUGAGCUACGACGCAGAAGCAUACCCUUGUCAAUUCGGUGA